GCUUUGUCUUGCACCUUCAACCCAUUCUGCCAUUUACUCCCCCAACGCAGCUCACAUCUCUUCAGCACUGAACAACAAACAUCACGAACCAUGUACAAAUACAUCCAUACAGCUCUCGACACAAUACGCGAUUACGCCAAACCCGCGACGACAUCCAGCUUCCGUGAGACUGGCAAGCUCACUCCCGACGAGUUCGUUCUGGCCGGCGACUUCCUCACAAACAAGUUCCCCUCGUGGUCAUGGGCUGGAGCCGCCACUCCUGCUCAACGUAACUCUCACUUGCCCGAAGACAAGCAAUACCUCAUCACUCGAGGUGUCCCCUGCCACAAACGCCUCAACGACAACUUCGCCGGCAAGGAGGGUCUGGACGACUUGGUCAAGGAGGGUGAAGCCUUCAACUCGAGCGGAGAUGACGACGAUGGCUGGUUGAGGACCGGCGGUGAUCUCCAUAAGCCCGAGUCCCGUCCUGGCGACAUCCGUACUGUCGAUGAUGAGGGCCAUGUCGAGCAAGACAGCGGUGACUACGAAGAGGAUGUUCCAGACAUUGAGGAUGAGGAGGAUGACCCUGAUGCCAUUAUCCGUGACCCCAAGGCUCACCAAGACCAGAACGACACCCUACGCAACUACACCAUCUACAUCACCUACUCGACAUACUACAUGACACCACGCCUCUACCUCUCUGGCUACUCUUCCUCAAACGAACCUCUCCCACCCAUGUCCAUGAUGGAAGACAUCGUCGGCGACUACAAAGACAAAACCGUCACCCUCGAAGACUUCAACUUCGUCUCCCCACCCAUAAAGACCGCCUCCAUCCACCCCUGCCGCCACGCCAGUGUCAUGAAAAUCCUCCUCGAUCGCGCCGACGCCGCUCUGAAAUUGCGCACUCAGAAGAUGAAGCAGGGUCAAGAGGUUUCCAAACAGGGUAUGGAGGGUUUGGUCGAUCAGACCGGUGCCAUGAAGCUUGAUGAGGAGAACAAGAAGAAUGAUGAAUGGGAGGUCUUGACUGAUGAGGGCAAGGAUGAUGAGGUUGCUAUUCGUGUCGAUCAGUACCUUGUUGUCUUUAUCAAGUUCAUGGCCAGUGUUACUCCUGGUAUUGAGCAUGAUCACACCAUGGGUGUGUAAGACGACGAGGUGUUGGGUUUGACAGGGCGUUUUUCUUUUUCCACGAUAUGACAGGCGUUUUUUACUCUUUUCCGAUUAGGGGUUGAAAGAGGGAGUCAAGGUUCACGAAGGUCACGGCAUUUUCCUUUCCACUAUUCAAACACCACUGAAUAUAAUUAACCAAAGCAGAGAGAGCACUUUUUUUACAACAUGAAUUCCAGAUACCCAGUUUCAAUACCAUGACUUUAUCAUUCCCC